UUUUACCAGGCACAUGUUAUAAUUGCCAACACAUUCUUGAACAUUGGGGAUAGCCCUUACACACGGCAAUAUGGGGGUUGCGGAGAACAAGGACAGUUUAUUCAUCUAACUCCAAACUUCUUGAUGAAUGAAGAUCUGAUCUCAGUGUAUGGAGCUCAUGGAAAGUUAUUUGUCCAAGAAUGGGCUCGUCUUCGUUGGGGAGUCUUUGAGGAGUACAACACUGACCAGCCGUUCUACAUUUCUCCAAACCUUCAAGUAGAGGCUACACGGUGUUCAGUCAAUAUUAGUGGCAUCUACAGAGUUCCAGAGCAUGUGGAAGAUUCUUGUUUAACCAAGAGUUGUAAUAUAGAUCCCCAUACUGGUCUGUAUGAACAAAAAUGUACUUUCUUCCCAGAGAAGAAUCAGACUGCUGGAGAAUCUAUCAUGUAUUUCCCUGGUCUGCAGUAUGUGAGUGCCAUGACUGUUUGUAAUCCUUCCAUCAGACACACAUUUGGGUAA